UUGGGUUUCUCAACAUCGGAUGCCCUGCUGGAUCUCGGUACCGAUAAGAACGGUUUCGGUUAUGGUGGAACGGGUAAAAAGAGUACGAAUAAGCAAUUCGAUAAUUAUGGUCAAUCGUUCACAUUGGGCGAUACGGUUGGAUGUUUGAUUGAUUUUGAUGAAGGCUACAUUUCGUUUUCGAAGAACGGAAAGAUUUUUCCGAAAGCGUUCGUAAUCCCGCAACAUUGCCUCAACAAACCGUUAUUCCCAGCAGUUGUUUUGAAGAACGCAGAAAUUCGUUUUAAUUUCGGUGAUCAACCAUUCCAGUCGUUACCGAAAGUGAGUUCGUUCGUUUCUUUCGUCCUUUUUCGCAUUUCUUGA